ACUCCUCCGGCCCAGGCCUGACUCCUCCCCGCCCGUCCAGCAUCGGCUGCGGCUCCUCCCCUUGCUGAUGUCUGCUGUCAGUCACGCGCACCUCUUGGCUCUUCCGGGUGGUGGUUGUAGGGGCGUGAGCGGCUGGGCGCAGGUUUGGGCAAAGCCGUGUGGCCUGUCGGGAGGAAGAUGGCUCUGUCCGGGGAGUGAUUCUACAGGGAGCGGCUCUUGCAGUCCCUGAGAGUGCCGAAGGGCGGACUUCCUGAUGAAGACAGAAGCUGCUUCUACGGUCCCCCUGGAGCCACAGUUUCUUAUGCCAUGAGUAACACCACCAUGCCCACCUCUGCUGGGCUGACCAACGACUCCCUUGUGAGCUAUGUGCUGGUGCCAUUCUUCCUUAUCACCAUUGUCGGGGUCAUCAUGGCUGUGAUGAUGUACAUCCAAAAGAAGAGGAGGUAUGACCGGCUACGUCAUCACUUGUUGCCAAUGUACAGCUAUGAUCCUGCAGAGGAGCUGCAUGAGGCUGAGCAGGAGCUGCUGGUGGAGCCAGAGGACACAAAGGUGAUGCGAAGCUGGGGAGGAUACCAGCCAUACCGUGCUUCGUUUAUGGACGUGAAGGCUUAAUGCAGCUCGGAAACAGGGCUUGGAUGGAUAAUCUCUUACCUGGCGCUUGGGUCAACUUGAAUUGCUCUCAAAUGCCAUUAACUUUGAAUCCAAUGGCUUUCUUUCCACUUCAAUACUGUGUCCCCUUGUCUUGGCUUCCACUGAAAGAGAGUGGUUGUCUACCUUUGCAUGUUUGGUGCAGAGAAGCCUGGGGAAUUGAAGGACAUGGUGGUUGUGGAAAACCUCUCACUUGGCAAGUUAACUCUCCUCCUGCUUGGCCUUUGAGAUGUAGGGAGAUGCUGCAGCUUCCAAAAUUUCAGGUAAAAUGCCACUAAAUGGCUCCUGACCUACAAUCCUCAAAAGACUUAGCUUCCUGAAAACCCAGCCUGAUCUUGGCUUCCUUCUGUGAAUAAGCAGUAUCAGUGCUAAGUCUGUUGUGACAUUCCAGUUCAUUUGCUAAUUGCCCCCUGCCUACAUUCCUAUGCACAUAAUGGGCAUAUCGCUUAGCUAUUGGGUUCCCAUCUGUGGAUGUAGGGAAAGUGAAUAAAAUAGUGAAGUGCACUGCUAGAGAUGCAUGUGUGUGCACAUGGGCACACAAGCAGGAGGAUUUGUGAUGUAAGAGAUCUCACUUUGUUUGAAGUAUCUGGCAAGGAAUGCUUGCAGGUGAGUCUAGAAUUAGCAUUUGUGCUGUUGUGGCUGGGAGGGUGCAGUUUUGCUACAAAAUACAUUCGGGAAGCAUUUGGCAUGUCGGUCAGAAGGGGCUUUAAGAGUGUUAAGAGUUUCCUUCAAUGGAACCUUGAGUUCAGCAAGGUGCUUCUUUCUAUGACAAUUUUGUAUUUGAUAGGUCAUCCAUACAUCUUGUAAAUAAAAUUCAGCGUACAUGGGAGCAUCCCUGGCAAAAGCUCAAGCUGCUCUCAAUCGAUGCUUACCUUUUUGAGAAUAGCUUGUUGACCCCACUAUGGCACACAAUGGAAAUGUGAGAGAGGCAUCAUGUUGGCCUUGCUGUUGUCUGCUGCUCAGCUAGGAGCUGUUUAAUUUAUAUAGCCUAUUGUCAUGACUAGAAUGUUGGAUAGGAUUGCUUGGGCAAUACUGUGUAUUGCCCUCUUUUUGCUAUUGGCUGCAUUCAGAAGAUCUUCCAAACCAUGGUUUGGAGGACAGAACGAGUGUCUUACAUGUAGGGCUUAAGUCAUUAUUUGUGUCUUCAUCUAAACAGGAAAUAAUGAAUUGAGCCAGUGCUGUACAACUUGGUCCCUCUUGCAGAUAUUGGAGUACCAAAGUUGUGCAGUCCUGAAUUAAGCCCUACAAGUGGGGGGUGGGGAGGGGGAGAAGGGGGAGCAUGUGAACAAAUUCACCAAAUCAGUUUAGAAGACUGUCUGUAGCUUCUGUGUCUCCCUUUUUUCUUCAUUGAUUUUGGUUUUUCAACAUUCUGCUUUUCUACUACUGUCUUCCUCUUGCAGAGACUGUAGGAGAGAUCUGGCUUAUUUUGCUGCUCUGCAGGGCAUGUAUCAGGCUUAAUGAUGCAAUUUUGGUUCUAAGUAAUUUGUAAAACCUGAGGGUGGCGGGGGGAAGGCCUGGCUGUCAAAAUAAAAUGUCUUUAAUUUGUGUAUGA